AUGAAGCGCUUCUUCGCGGCCGCGCCCCUCGACGCGAGCAAACGCGCGAAGGGGGAGGCUCUUCCGGAGCCGAAGAGCGACCCCACGUCGUUCAUCACGUGGAACGCGAACGGUUUCCUCGGCCGCAUGAAGAACGAGGUCGACAAGGCGUGCUUCCUGAAGUACGUCGAGCGCCUCGACCCGGACGUGAUAUGCCUGCAGGAGACAUGGCUCGCGGGCGCGGGGCCGAACCGGUGCGCGUCCGUCGCCGAUCCGAACCUCGCGUCGCCGCGUCGCGCGCCCGCUCUUCCUAGAGUUGAGAGUUGA